UUCAUCACCACGCACACCAUGGGCGCCGACAGCACGUCCUCGCUGCUCGGCGUGCUCGGCGCCGGCACGAGCUCCGCCGCCUACGCCUCCUGCCUCGCGCUGCUGCAGCAGGCGCCGGCGUCGCUGGAGCGCUCCGACUACCUGCGGCCUGCGCCCGCCACGUCGUACCGCAACGCACGCGCCGCUGGCGUCUCGUUCCAGUUCCAGGCAGACGGCACCGCGCCGACGGAUGAGGCAUGGCGAUGCACCGUCAUCGACGUCUACAAUGCCGAGGCGCAGCAGGCGGCCGACAAGCGCAAGCGGGCGCCGCAGUGGGGCGUGUGUCCGCUGCUGCCGCUGCGCCUCGAGCUGCGCGACAUCAAACGGCCAUCUGGCGCAGAGACAAGCGCCACGGCAGGCUCGCUCGACGUCACGGCGACGUCAACAGGCGGCGACUUCGUAGCCGCACUCGGCGAGCCGAGCCGCAAGGGCGGCGGCGAGGCGCUGGCUGCCGGCGGCGCCAGCGGCCUGGGGCCCGGCGCGUGGCUGGAGUGGGAGGGCGAGGCGGAAGGCAGACGCGUCACGCUCAUGGUCGAGCUGGUGGGCGAGGGUGCCAAGGGCGCAGGCCGCUGGGAGAAGGACAAGGCGGGAAAGGCGAUGUGGGGCGUGCUCACGAUUGCACUGGUGGGACAGCCGUAGGAAUACA